GCCGCCGCCCGGUUGCUGGGGAGGCAGUGCGGGGCAGUAGGGAAAGAGUUAAGGGAAGGUAGCGGGGCAGGCCGGCUGUCGAAAGCGAGCAUGUGCAGAUCGGAACCGCAUCUAUACCGCGGGCGAGUGUCACUGGCACACUUCAUCUCCCGCCGCCGCCGCCGGCCGCAGGGCACCCAUGGACCCCGGUGAGGCGAUGAGCCGCAGCACGGGAAGGCUGUCUGGUUGGUGUAGUAGGUGCUGGCCACACGCACCUGGUCCAAAAGCAGCUGCUGUCUGAAACGUCUCGGAACUGCUGGAGGGGACCUGGUCAACCCACGGAUGCUGUGAACCAGGAGCUGACCAAAAAGUGGGAGAGCUCCAGGAUUCCUCCCCGGAAAAGAGUGCCUGCUGGGCUGUGUGCAGAAGAAUGGCAGCAGCAGAACCUCUGACUGCUUUCUCCCGAUGGUACCUCUAUGCCAUUCACGGCUAUUUCUGUGAGGUGAUGUUCACAGCUGCCUGGGAGUUUGUGGUCAACUUUAAUUGGAAGUUCCCCGGUGUGACCAGCGUGUGGGCACUCUUCAUCUAUGGCACCUCCAUCCUCAUCGUGGAGAAGAUGUAUCUGUAUCUCAAAGACAAGUGUAACAUUUUAGUGCGCUGCUUCAUUUACACCCUCUGGACAUACCUCUGGGAGUUCACCACUGGCCUCAUCCUACGCCAGUUCAAUGCCUGCCCGUGGGACUAUUCCCAGUUUGAUUUUGACUUCAUGGGCCUGAUCACCCUGGAGUAUGCUAUCCCGUGGUUUUGUGCUGCUUUCAUCAUGGAGCAGCUGGUGAUCAGGAACACCCUGCGCUUACGGUUUGAUGAGACUGCUGAGCCUGGGGCCCCCACUGUCCCCAUUGCCUUGGCCAAUGGCCACGUGAAGACUGAUUGAGCAGGGACUCCAAACCACACUUAGCAAUCUGAGAGAGCUCAGACCUCUGACACUGACUGCCAGCUCUGGCACUGAGGUACUGCUCCUUCUGUAUGAUAAGAUUCAUAAGCCCCAUUUUUCUCAUGGGGGUGUGCAUGGGAUAUAUCAGAAUAAAAAAAAAAAAAAAAAUUGAACCAACAGAUUUUCUAUGGAUUUUACUCUUUGGGCUCCAAGGACCAGUACCAGUUACUUGUUAGUUAGGUCAUUUCUGAUUUUAACUUAUUACAGAUGAAAGCAGUCCUUUUGCUCACAGUUCUGUGUGGAGAAAGAAGAAAAAGAAAUGCUACAGUGGAAAUGCAUACAAAAAACCCCAACUAAUUAGCAGAUGGGCAUGGACACACCAGCUAAGUUAGUGAUUGGCUUACUUCACUAGGCAAUAUUCAGGUGCUUGCUUGCAACCAAUACCUCCUGUGGGACCUGAGAUGCUGCAGGAACAAGGAAAAUCCAUCUGCUGUUGAGAAGAACCUAAGACUGGCAGUCUGCUGGGGAGGUAGAUGGUGUUCCCCUUCUGAGGUCCUAUUGGCCUCUCUCCAGGUUCUUUGUUGCACCACAAAAGAAUCUGGUGCUGGACAUCUUGCUGAAUUUAUACCAAUCUUGUACUUUUUGAAAUCUUAGACCUGAUACUCACUAGAUUAUUUUUUUUUAAAUAAAGGCCUUUUUUGCCAAGUAAAUUUUACCAUAAUUUGUGCAAUCUGAAUCUUGGCAAAAGGCACAAGAAAUAGGGUUAAGUCUUCCCAUCUCCUCUGUCCCCCCAAAGCAGACCAUUCCUGAAGGUCUGCUGCAGAUUCCAGCUCCCAUCUCAGCUGUGCAAACCUGAAGAAACUGUAGAGGCCACAAGAGUUUUCUGCCUUCCCUCCGAGGGAUUCCUCUGUUUCUGGUGAUGAUGACUUAGUCUGGCUGCAAUCCAUCAUAUUUGAGGGUCAAAACCUUCAUGUGGUUUAGGUGGAUUUGGUCCUCUGGCACUGCUUUAAGUACCUACAGCCAUAUUGUCAUGACAUUAAUUGGAAUCAGCAAGAAAGAAGACAUGCUGCCUGAUAUAAUAUUUAAAAAAAAAAAGUUU